AUGCCUAGUCCAGCCAAAAAGCGAAAAACAAAUGCAUCGGAGCCAGCUGCCGGGCGUAUGAGGAGCAUUGAAUCAUUCUUCGCCGGACCGCAGCCACAACCAAAACCACUGUCGAACACAACAGAAAUAUUUCAAAAAAAAAACAAUUUUACCGAUGAAGAGUUGGCGCGUAAAUUACAGGCUGAAUGGAACCAGGACGAUGAUACGCUGCAGCCCUCUGCAUCUAUGGAAAUCACCCCUCCCAGUAAUACGUUGAAGGAUACAACGUCGUCACCUGCCGGAACACUAGGCGCCAACAAACCAGCACCGCCUGGGAAAACGUUUCAGAAUGACAUUCUAUCCUUGCAGUCUCCUCUUGGGUCCGAAGAUACCAUCGUCUCAUUUAUACCCCUUGAUGAAAGCCCGCUGGUGUUCGACCCAUCGAAAUAUGUGGUCGAACUACAGAAGCACUGGGCGCAGGAUAGCGGAAACGCUUCAUAUGCCCUCUUGACAAAGGCUUUUGUUUUGGUUAAUGCGACGACAAAAAGGAUCAAAAUUGUUGAUACUCUCGUCAAUCUCUUGCGAAUACUGAUUGAGGGUGCACCCGACAGUUUAUUACCGGCAGUCUGGCUGGCGACGAAUUCCUUUGCACCGCCAUAUGAGCCAGCGGAACUAGGUCUGGGCGGGUCGGCCAUAUCAAAAGCCUUCAAAAAUAUAUACGGGUUGAAUAGCCAAGGAUUGAAAGCCUUAUAUAAUAAGCAUGGAGAUGCUGGCGAUGUCGCUUUCGAGGCUAAAAAGCGGCAGAGCUUUACCCUAAAAAAGCCGAAGCCAUUGACGAUCAAGGGCGUCUAUGAAUCACUAGUCAAAAUUGCGAGAAGCAAAGGAACUGGGAGCCAAGAAGCCAAACAACGCAUUGUGGAACGCUUACUUCAAGAUACUCGAGGAGCAGAAGAAAGCCGCUACAUCGUGAGAACCCUCGUUCAGCACUUGCGCAUUGGUGCUGUCAAAACAACGAUGCUCAUUGCACUCGCCAGGGCUUUCCUGUUUUCCAAGCCGCCAGGUGCUGAGUUUACAGUCGAAGGGAUGAGUUCCCUAGCCAGUUUGAAAAAGGAGGAACUGACUGAACUCUACACCAAAGCCGAAGAAUUGGUCAAAGCAUCCUAUGCUCGUCAUCCCAACUAUGACGAUCUUGUACCAUGUAUGCUUGAGAUUGGAGUCACAAAGGAAUUACUCAUACAUUGUGGGCUGGCAUUGCAUAUACCCUUAAGACCUAUGCUAGGAAGCAUUACACGUGAUCUAUCAGACAUGUUAACCAAGUUACAAGGCAAAGAUUUUGCAUGUGAAUACAAGUAUGAUGGCCAACGAGCACAGGUGCAUUGCGAUGCGAAUGGGAAAGUGAGCAUAUUUUCUCGACAUCUCGAACUCAUGACGGACAAGUAUCCCGACCUCGUGUCGCUGGUGCCCCAAAUCCGGGGGGAAUCUGUAUCGAGUUUUAUUCUCGAGGGAGAGGUUGUCGCUGUUGAUCGAGAGACCGGCGAGCUACAGGCUUUUCAAAUUCUUACCAAUCGGGCCAAGAAAAAUGUUGAUGUUGAGAGCAUCAAGGUGAAUGUCUGUCUGUUCGCGUUCGACUUAAUGUACUUAAAUGGGGAGCCACUACUCGAUCGAUCGUUUAGAGAGCGGCGGGACAUGCUUCGCAGCCUGUUUACAGAAAUCCCCAAUCGGUUCACCUGGGUCAAAAAUUUGGAUGCUACCUCUACUGAUUCAGAGGCAGUACUGGAGUUUUUUAAGAAUGCAACUGAAGUCAAGUGCGAAGGCAUCAUGGUCAAGGUCCUCGAUAACGAGGCACGCGGGACAAUCAUAGAGGCAACAACUAAUGACGAUAAUGAGGCGAAUAUGAAUAUGGACCAAUAUGAACAGGAUGAACAAGUUCCCGCACAGUCAAAAAAGACCAAGUCUACUCGACGGAAAGCCCUCUUAUCAACCUACGAACCUGACAAACGCUUGGACUCCUGGCUCAAAGUGAAGAAAGACUACAGCGCAUCUUCGGACACUUUAGACCUCGUUCCGAUAGGCGCAUGGCAUGGUAACGGGCGCAAAGCCAAAUGGUGGUCUCCCAUCCUUCUCGCGGUGCGCAAUUCAGAAACUGGUAUCCUCGAAGUUGUCACCAAAUGCAUGUCUGGUUUCACAGAUAAAUUCUACCAGGCCAACAAGGAAAAAUAUGCACAAGACAGCGAAAAUGUUAUUUCUCGACCUAGCUAUAUCGAUUAUAGGGGGGAGCCCGAUGUAUGGUUCGCACCGCAAGAAGUAUGGGAAAUGGCAUUUGCUGAUAUCACAUUGAGUCCUACAUACACGGCUGCCAUAGGGCUUGUUAGUGAGGAUAGAGGUCUUAGCCUGCGCUUCCCCCGGUUUCUUCGAGUAAGAGAAGAUAAAUCCAUCGAUGAAGCUAGUACAUCCGAUUUCCUUGCUGGACUGUGGCGUAAACAGGUCGAGCGAGCGACCGAAGAAGGCAUACACGAUGAAAAAGAUGAGAACGUCAACGAAGAGCUCGAGCUUUGA